GGGUGGGGGGCGGAGGUUUCUGGAGGCCGCAAAGGGGGCCUUGGGGGCCACUCUGCCUUCAUAGGGAUGGUGAUGGGGGUGAGAAGGGAGGGAGGAAAACCCCGUCGCUGAAUCGGACCAGUGGUCCAGCUAGCUCAGUAUUGCCUGCGUGGGCUGGCAGCAGCUCCCCCUGAUGGCGGGCCCAGGGCUCUUCCCAGCCCAACAGGGGAUGGAGCCCGGGACCUUCUGCAUACCAAGCAGCUGCUCUGCCCGUGAGCUUCCUCCCUCCCCCCGAAGCGCAGGAAUCUGCCUCCCACUGAAUCUUGCAAAGGAGGCGACUAGAGUCGCACAAGGAUUGGGAUAUGGAGGUUUUCACAAAGCUUCCUGCGCCUCAGUCCAUUGUUCAGAGCAACAGUGUUGCCCACACGGACUGGCAGCGGCCCUCCAGGGUCUUCUUCCCCAGCAAAACCUGGAGGUGAACUCAGGACCUUCUGCAUGCAAAGCAGGUGCUCUGCCACUGAGCCACUGCCCUCCCCCAAGAUGCGCAGAUGUCCUGAUUUAUCUGGUUAAAUAUAUUUUUAAAAAAUGGUACACAGCUGCUGUAGGAGUGGACUUUAAAGAAAAGCAGAGCGUUUUCAUUGUGGUGGCUCUUUUCUGCCCCUUUUUACCACUCUGCAGUAUCCUCCUUGAGAUGCAGGAGUCCGUGAGAGGAAGGCUCCUUCUUUUCUUGCUUUCGAGGUCCUGUGAUCUUUGUGGAGGUGGCUGUGCACUUUUCCACAGAGGAGGAGUGGGCUCUGCUUUAUCCAGGCCAGAGGGCCCUGCACAGGGAAGUUAUGGAGGAGAAUUGUGGAAAUAUGGAUUCUGUGGGUGAUCAGAAGGAGAGCAACAAAGAGGAUGGGCAGCAGAGAAUGAAAACUGAAGCAGAAGAGAAUUUGAGGGAGAAAGCUGUUGUUCCAGAAGGCACUGGCUUCGGUGAAAUUGUGAUGGCAGAAGAAUGUCACACAGGAAAGAAACAGGCAAAAAACCCCCGAGGUACAAGAGCCUUAACUAGGAUAUCAAGCCUUUGGAAUCUUAGAAGAUUGCAUGAAGGGGAGAAACCAUUUAAAUGUUCAGAAUGUGGAAGGAGCUUCAACUACAGGAAGCAUCUCAUUGUGCAUGAAAGAAUCCACACAGGUGAGAAACCAUAUAAAUGCACAGAAUGUGGAAAGAGCUUCACUCAAAGCAGUACCCUUUUUAAUCAUCGAAGGAUCCAUACAGGAGAGAAACCGUUUGAAUGCUCAGAGUGUGGAAAGAGCUUCACUAGCAGCAGCAGUCUUUCAUAUCACCAACGAGUCCACACUGAAGAGAAACCUUAUAAAUGUUUUCAUUGCGAAAAGAACUUCAGCCAGAGGAGUGAGCUUCUUUCUCAUCAGAGAAUCCACACAGGGGAGAAACCUUAUAAAUGCUCAGAGUGUGGGAAGAGUUUUACUCACAGCAGUAGCCUUUCUUACCAUCAAAGGGCUCAUAAAGGAGAAAAACCAUAUAAAUGUUCUGAGUGUGGAAAGAGUUUCUGUCAGAGCAGUGGCCUCAUCUCUCAUCAAAGAAUCCACACAGAAGAAAAACCAUACAAAUGCUCAGUGUGCGGAAAGAACUUCACUCAUAACAAUAGCCUUUGUAAACAUAAAAGAAUCCAUACAGGAGAGAAACCUUAUUCAUGCUCAGAGUGUGGAAAGAGCUUCACUAAUAGUAGUAGCCUUUCUUAUCAUGAAAGAACCCACACAGGAGAGAAGCCGUAUAAAUGUUUUCACUGUGGAAAGAGCUUCAGCCAGAGCAACCACCUUCUUUCUCAUCAAAGAAUCCAUACAAGAGAAAAACUGUAUAAAUGCUCAGAGUGUGGAAAGAGCUUUACUCAUAGCAGUAGCCUUUCUUACCAUCAAAAAACGCACACAGGAGACAAACCGUUUAAAUGUUCUGAGUGUGGAAAGAGUUUUUUCCAGAGCUAUGGCCUUCUUUAUCAUCAAAGAAUCCACACUGGAGGAAAACCAUAUAAAUGCCUGGUGUGUGGCAAAAACUUCAGUCAUAGCAGUAGUCUUUCUAGUCAUCAGAGGCUUCACACAGGAGAGAAACCGUAUAAAUGUUCAGAGUGCGGAAAGAGCUUCACUAAUACUAGUAGCCUUUCUUACCAUCAAAAAAUUCAUAUAGGAGAGAAACCAUUUAAAUGUUGUGAGUGUGGAAAGAGUUUCUGUCAGAGCUAUGACCUGCUUAAUCAUCAAAGAAUCCACACUGGAGUGAAACCAUAUAUAUGCUCAGUGUGUGGCAAGAACUUCACUCAUAGCAGUAGCCUGUCUAAUCAUCAGAGACUCCAUACAGGCGAGAAACCAUUUAAAUGUUCAGAAUGUGGGAAAAGCUUUAGUCAUAACAGUCACCUGACUUACCAUCAAAAUACCCAUUCAAGUGAAAAAAUCUUCAAAUGCUCAGUGUGUGGAAAGAGCUUCAGUUGCAGCCAAACCUUAGCAAUACACCACAGACUACAUACAGGAGAGAAAGCGUUUACAUGUUCAGAGUGUGGAAAGAGCUUCAACCAGAAGACUCACCUCACUAACCAUCAACGGACCCAUACGGGAGAGAAACCAUAUAAAUGCUUAGACUGUGGGAAGAGCUUCAGCCGAAGCAAUACACUCUCUAAUCAUCAGAGGCUCCACACAGGAGAGAAACCAUAUAAAUGCUCGGAGUGUGGGAAGAGCUUCGCUCAGAGCAGUGGCCUUUCUUCCCAUCAAAGAAUCCACGCAGGAGAGAAAUCACAUAAAUGCUUAGAGUGUGGGAAGAGCUUCACUAAUAGUGUUAGCCUUUCUUAUCAUCAGAGAAUCCACACAGAAGAGAAAUCGUAUACAUCAGGGAUCCUUUUGGGCUCUGGGAGCCAGAUCAUUAUCUGGGCCCACCAAGAGGGCCAAACAGGACAGGUCGGUGGAACAAACCACCUGUCAAUCACAUGAUGUUGCAUGACUGGCAGGUGGCUUGCUGCACUCGCCAGUCAAAAUCCCUUGCAGUGUUCCCUGGUGGCGCCAUCAGGCAUUUGGGAGCCAUGCACAAGGAGCAUUGCAAGCACUUUGCUCCAAGCACAGGGCCAGCAAAGUGCCUCUUUCUUUCCUCCCUAUCAGCUGUUGGGAAGAGGAGAAACAAGCCUGUGUUUUGCAGGUCCCGACCCGCCAUGCAUCAGUUGCUAAGCAGAGGGUUACAUCCUGUUUUGGCUGCACUCGCCCAUUCCAUCAUGGGGACAGGCCUGUGCAGCCAAGGCAGAAUGGAAUCCUGCUUUCCUGCCCAUCGGCUUAUGUCAAGUGCUCUGGUGUGCUUGGCUGAAAUGAAGGAGGAAAGACCUUGUUGGAACAUGGUGUGCACAGUGGAGCACUCGUGGGGCUCAGAUCACGACCCUGGUUCGCCCAUAAACGGAAUUGGGCACCCAAAAAUGUUCAGCCUACUAGUCGGUUUAGCUUGACUACAGCAUUCACAACGGGAUUAUAUGAUCCCUGGUAGGGCACCAAGAUUAGACCAGGUGACUCUUUGUUGAAAAUAGGUCUCUGAUGAAUAUACCCUGUUGAUUUGGGGUGGCUGCAUUUGUUGCAUCACCUGUGUCAGUCAGUGAAGCAGUGCCAGAAUAUCUGCCACCUUGCCUGUUUCAUGCAAAUGAUUCUGCACUCCCCUACAGAUUAUAAUUGCUGAAAUCACCAGUUUGCUACUGCAAAAGGUCAAUGGUGCGUCUGUUUUUACAUAUAUUUGAGCUCAAAGAGUCACUAACUGGAAUUUUUGAACCUCAUUCCCAUUCAACUACCACCUUACUGUUUUUCCUUUGACUAUUAGUCAUCUAAGAUUUAGUCCACAAUCAAUCUGUUAGCUUUUACAGGGCCACAAGACUCAAUAUUUUUCUUGUCCAAUCAAUCAAUAAGGAAUCCAAGUGCACACUGAAUUUCAAAAGAGGGCAGGAGGCCUGGGUUGUUUUGUUGUGGUGGUGUGUAAAGAUGAAUAGGUUUUGCUAUACAUGCACUCGUAGUGAUGUGAAAAAUGAAAAAGUAAAACAGAAAUGUUACUAGUUAUUUGACAGAAAGUACUUAAGUGAUGUUUUGCUGUCUUUGCCCAGGAUUUCCUUCUGUAGAAUAUUUCACAGGAACGGUUUCCCACAUAUCCUGCUCUUCCUCUUUUUGAGCCUGGAAAUAACAUCUAAGCCUUGUGUCCAAACAUAGCUAUUCUCCAGGGUUUCAGGCAGAAGACAUUGCCAGCCCUGUUUGGAAAGCCCAGGGGUUGUACCUGAGUCUGUCUGCAGAGAAAUCAGUUGCUCUCCUAUAGCCCCUCUCCAAAGGACUCUGCCUUACACGAUAUCAGACCGCUGAUCUAUCUAGCUAUGUAUUGACUACACUGGCUGGCAGCAGCACUCCAAGGUUUUUUAACAGAGGUCCUGUGCUCAAGGACUGGUGUGGGCAGGAUUCCUGCAUUGCUGGGGUUGGAGUGUGUUGCUAGAGUGGUGCAUGCUCUAGUUAUCUCCCGCUUGGACUACUGCAAUGCGCUCUACGUGGGGCUACCUUUGAAGGUGACCCAGAAACUGCAACUAAUGCAGAUUGUGACUACCAGACUGGUGACUGGGAGCAGCUGCCGAGACCACAUAACACCAAUCCUGAAAGACCUACACUGGCUCCCAGUACGUUUCUGAGCACAAGUUAAAGUGUUGGUGCUGACCUUUAAAGCCCUAAACGGCCUCACCCCAGUAUACCUGAAGGAGCGUCUCCACCCCCAUCGCUCAGCCCAGACACUGAGGUCCAGCUCUGAGGGCCUUCUGGUGGUUCCCUCCCUGCGAGAAGUGAGGAUACAGGAAACUAGACAGAGGGCUGUGGAACGCCUCCCAUCGGAUGUCCAGGAAAUAAACAACCAACUGACUUUUAGAAGACAUCUGAAGGCAGCCCUGUUUAGGGAAGUUUAUAAUGUUUGAUGUUGUGUUGUGUUUUUAAUAUUCUGUUGGGAGCUGCCCAAGUGGCUGGGGAGCCCAACCAGAUGGGUGGGGUAUAAGUAAUAAAUUGUUGUUGUUGUUGUUGUUGGACUAGAUGACUGUCGGGGUCCCUUCCAACUCUACAAUUCUGUGAUUCUACCACUGAUCGAACCAUGAGCCUUCUGCAUCCAGAAGCAUGUGCUCUGCCACUGAGCAUCCUCAGAGCUCUCUCAGCCGGAGCCAUAACUAAAGAAAACAUGAAAGAUGGUGUUGCUAACACAGAACAAUAGAGUUGGAUAUCUUCCAGCAUGGAGACGUCAAGGUCCAGGGCUGAAGCAAUUCAUGUUGAUAUUAAAGGUAAAGGGGCCCCUGACCAUCAGGUCCACUUGUGUCCGACUCUGGGGUUGCGGCGCUCAUCUCACUCUAUCGGCCGAGGGAGCCGGCAUUUGUCCACAGACAGCUUCCGGGUCAUGUUGCCAGGAUGAGAAAGCUGCUUCUGGCGAACCAGAGCAGCGCACGGAAACGCCGUUUACCUUCCCGCUGGAGUGGUCCCUAUUUAUCUACUUGCACUUUGAUGUGCUUUCAAACUGCUAGGUUGGCAGGAGCUGGGACCGAGCAACGGGAGCUCACCCUGUUGCAGGGAUUCGAACCGCCGGCCUUCUAAUCAGCAAGCCCUAAACUCUGUGGUUUAACCCACAGCGCCACCUGGGUCCCUCAUGUUGUUAUUACCUCCUCUGCCCAAAGACAGCAGUUUGUUCUUUUUUUGUUGCAGCAUUAUUCUUGGAAGUACAACCGGAAAUUCUUCUGAGUAUGAGUUCAGGGGUUCAUUCCCUGACUGGUCAUAGAACUGUUGAGCUGGAAGGGACCCUGGGAAUCAUCCAGUCCAACCCCAUGCAAUACAGGAAGGUAGCUGUCCCAUAUGAGGAUUGAACCUGCUACCUUCGCGGAAUGGGAAAGGGUUCUGAAGGAGCUUCCCCCUGUGUAGGCCUGACCUAACAAAGACAAACCUCUUCACACGUUACUCCUGUUUUGGUCAAAUUUUACCUCAGUAAAGGCUCCUUUCUCUCUGGACUCGUGCCUGCUUUAUUCCGGUCACUGCUGGGGCAGCAUUAUGAUAAAUUCAACAGUGUAAACAAGUUUUGAUGGAUGCAAUAAUGGAAUACUGAAUGGUUUAGUUUUUGUAAAAUAGGCAGGGGGAUUUAGGAUAUGCAAAAUGAACCAUGGAAAGAGAAGGGAAGCCAUUGAUAUCUUAAGAGGGUGGGGUGUGCUCCGUGCUCGCGCGCACACAGUAAUGUUAACAUGCCAGGGGAGCAGGGACACCCUGAAAAAAUAAUCCAGUGCUUGGAGUCUGAAAUACCUCCUUUGGCAGCAUGAUUUGUUAAUAAAUGCCACCGCCCCCAAAAUCAGUUUAGCAACCUCUGGCUGCCUGCUUUUGUGUUAACCUGCUGCAACAGGGCACGUUUGACCUAAGUGGGUUUCAGGGAUGUGAUGUGUGGCUAAUUCUUGGCUUCUGGCUCUAGGCUGGCUUUGUCUUCCUUACGGUUAUAUCCCACCCAUCUGGCUGGGUUUCCUCAGCCAUUCUGGGCGGCUUACAAGAGGAAAAUAAAUAAAAUAAUCUAUUAAACAUUUAAAGCCUCCCUAAACAGGGCUGCCUUCAGGUGUCUUCUAAAAAUCUGGUAGCUGUUUUUCUCUCUGACAUCUGAUGGGAGGGCGUUCCACAGGGCUGGCACCACCACCGAGAAGGCCCUCUGCCUGGUUCCCUGCAAC